AUGGCGAUAUUCCGACUGAAGAUGGGCGUCAAUUACAAUAAUUUGAAGGAUCUGCGAGACAAGGCAAAAAGAAAAAUUGAGCAGCGAAAAAAGCGUCAGAUGGAAAAGAGAACUCAAAAUAAUCCUGCCCAGAUCACGGAAAAUGCCCCACGUGACACUCAAAAGACGAUUCCGGUUAAAAACCUGACGGAAAUCUUCGAAAAACUCAGUUCGCAAGAAAAUCCACGAAAACGAAAACAUGAAGAAGAAGAAAAAAGUUGA